UGGGAUAGGCUGCAAGAAAUAACAUUGACAAGGAAAUGUUUUUAAGAAUGACUUUCUGCCCAUUUUUGUACAUUGUUAAAAACUGCUGGGUUAAAAAUAACCCUAGGUGAGUUUAAAAUAACCCCGGCGGUUUUAAGGGUGUGGCUACUUAUUGCAAAAAAAUCAGUUGAGUCCAUUUUUUGCCUUUGUAUGGAAACGAUAAAUGCUUCUCGGUCAUUAUUUAUAGUGUUGUGAAAGGUGCCAAAUAUGGACUGGUUGUACCAAACGUCUUAUUCUUAGCAACCAGCAGCUCAUCUUGCAUUUUAUUGCUCAAGUUGUUGCAAGUUUAAGCGACAAGGUUGAGAGUCUUCCAUUCAAGGCGGCUCGUCACGUAACUUGACUUGAAUGGUCUUCUGUCCCGCAGCACAAGGGGGCUAGCUAGCAUCCCUCGGUACUUGCUAUGCAAGAGGUGUGGUGUUCCUCAGCCCCACAGAUUCACAGAGCGGAGCGUAUAUUAAGGGAGAUUUAAAAUCCAUUACAGUUUAGUGCUCCCUGGGAAAAUAGUUAAACAGAGCAUCGGCAGAGGGAGCCGAGCCAGGUCACGAUCGCUGUGCUGUGCCUGUGAUUUCACACCUGGCCUGAUUUAGCGUGACCAUCCGUCGGAAGCCUUUCGACAUGAGCAACCACCAGGCCCCUCCUCAAGCUGCCUCCUCCGAGCUGGAGGUGAUUUCACAGCAGGUGGAGGAGGAAAACCAGCGCGUGGCCCCGGUUCAGCUGCUGAGCUUCACCUACAGAGAUUUGCCUCUGGCCGCCCUGGAUGUAUCUCUGGCUGGAUCUCAGCUCAUCUCCAACCCGGAUGAAGAGGACAACCGAGAGGGGUCCAACUGGCUGAAGCCGUGCUGCGGGGGCCGGGCGGCUCUGUGGCAAGUGUGCCUGGCGUCGGCCGGCUUCAACUGCGUCCUGGUGGCUUGCGUGGUUCUGGCGGUGCUACUGCUGACUCUGGAGCUACUCGUCGACACUAAACUGCUGCAGUUUAACAAUGCAUCCCAGUUUGCUGGCGUCAUCCACUGGAUCAGCCUGGCUAUCCUGUCUGUGUUCUUCACCGAGACCGUUUUCAGGAUCGUGGUCCUAGGGAUAUGGGAUUACAUCGAGAACAAAGUGGAGGUGUUCGACGGAGCCAUCAUCGUCCUUUCGCUGGCCCCUAUGGUGGCCUCCACCGUGGCCAACGGCCCCAGCAGCCCCUGGGACGCCAUUGGUCUCAUCAUCACGCUGCGCAUCUGGAGGGUCAAAAGGGUCAUUGACGCCUACGUGCUGCAGGUGAAGGUUGAGAUGGAGCUGGAGAUCCAGCAGUGCGAGAAGGCAAAGGCAGUGAGAGAGGAGCAGCUCGACCGCCUCACUCAGAUCUGUCAAGAGCAGGCGUUUGAAAUCCGGCAGCUGAGGGCCCACCUGGCCCAGCAGGACCUGGAUCUGGUGGCCGAGCGGGAAGCGGCCAUGCAGAUCCACCAUAUGUGGGCUAAACCGAGCAGCAGUUUCCAUGAGGUGGACGGACUGGCCCCCGGGGUCUCCGAUCAUCACAGGCCGGCCAAAGUCAGAGAGCCCGGCGGGCCCUCAGAUCACCACGGCCAGGAUGACAUGAACAACUACAUCAGUCAGUAUUACAGCGAGCCGAGCAGUGAUAUGGGCAUCCCCGACCCGGCCACUCGCAUCAUCACCACGGCGGCUAUCGACGUCCACUUGCCCAACAACCCCAGCCAGCUCCCUCCAUCCUUGGUGAGCGCCGACGGCGCGGCCGGCGGCCGACUGCGGCGCACCAACAGCUCGGCCAGCGAAGCCUCGGCCACGACGGCGUCGCGCAUCAGCAGCCGCACGGCGGGAUCGUCGGCCGACUGCAGCUCCACCGUGCGCGAGGCGUCCACGUCCACCGACUACAGCGACCAGCGCUGCUACCCGCCGCCCUACAGCAGCCCCCUGGCCCCUCAGCCCAGGGGAAGUCCCAGCGCCGUGGUGCAGGAGCUGCUCUCCUCUCUGUCCGAGGACUCCUGUCUGAGCCAGAAGGGCCUGGACCCCGUCAACCUGAAACCACCCAGUCCUACCGGUUCCACCAAAAACAGCCCCGAGCUGGAGAACAGGGUAAACAUCUACAACAAGAGGAACCAGGAGAGCCGACUCAGCUCGCACGCCAAACCACUCAUCCAGCUACAAAGAACUGAAGCUUUCCUGGAGGAGAAGUACAGGAUGAUGGAGCCUGUCGACGCACCCGUCCAUCAUCUGUCGGGAACCUAAAGUGAUGGAAGAGAGCAGGAACGGGGACCUAAGUCAAUGCUCCAGUCCAUCAUCUGCCUUGGACGUAACGUGGUGAAAGAGACGAGGAACAAGAUCCUCUUUUGAUGCUUCAAGCCUCCAUUUAUCUGUCAGAGAUAUGAUAGUGGACAAGAACACAAACCUCAAAAGAUGCUUGAAUCCAACAUGUUUGAGACAGAAGAUGGCGGAAGAGAGCAGGAACCUUCAUAAAUGCUGCUGCCUAUCAUCUGUAUGAGUCGAGGUAGUGGCAAAGAGCAAAAACAGAAACCUCAAAAGAUGCUCAAAUCCAUUAUUUCUUCAAGACACUGAGCAGGUACAGGGACCUCAAAAGUUGUUUGAAAUCAUCAUGUGUCUGAGACACGACAGAACCGGAACCUCCAUUGAUCGCCCAAGCCAUGAUCAAAGAUAGUGUCAGAUAGCAGGAAUGAAACGAUGUUCACAUUCAUCGUGUCUGGUACAUAACAUGGUAGAAAAAAAGCAGGUACGGGAACUUCAUAUGGUUCCCCCAAAUCAGACAUAAGAUGGUGGCCGAGAGCAGCAACAGGAACCUUGUAAGAUGUUUGAAUUCAUCAUUUGUCUGAGAACAGGAACUGUAACCUCAAAAGAUUGAAUCCAUCACCUGAGACAUAAAAUGGUGAAGAGAGCAGGAACAGGAAACUUCACCUGUCUGGGACAUGACAUUGUAGAAGAGAUCAGGAACAGGAAGAUGCCCAGAUCCAUCAUCUGUUUGAUACAUUUGUUCGUGGAAGAGUACAAGAACAGGUACUGUAAUGGUUGUCCAAAUCAUCAUGCCUUUGACAUUGUGGUGUAAGAGAGCAAGAUAAGACACUCUAAAAUAUUCUGAAGCAAGGUAGAAGCAGGAACAGGAAGAUGAAUUGAUUUCCCAGCCUAUCAUUUGACUUUGAAAUAACGUGGAUAACAUGAAGCGCAAGAACAUCAACUUGCUUCACUUGCAAACGUGCACUGAAUGCUGGAGGAUCGAUCACUUUUCAGGAAACUACUCUGACAAUUUUUAUGAUCAUUUGAAACAAACUUGGCCAUGCUGAAUGGACCUAAAGUCUCUGCAAGCAUGUCAGCUGUUUUAUGAAAACAGCCAGAAACCAGUUUGCCGCAACAACUGCAGGGUACAAGUGGAAAUCCGUGUUGAGAGUUUCUAAUCUUUGUCUUUCUAUUUUAGCAACGUUUCUAACUGAAAUUCCAAGAAUGGUGUUUAAAAAAAAAACAAAAAAAAAACAUUUUGCAAUCUAACCAAGAUCAGCUUGGUCACGGCUGAAAUUUUAAUAUGUGCAUCAAUUGUAUUACUGGCUUUUAAAGGUUGCGAAGAUGUGUAAAUAUUUGCAAACGGGAGGAAUUGUGUCUACAAAAAAAAAAAAAAAA